AAACCUUUGAUCCCAAGAAACAUAGAAUAAUAACUGAGCAAAGCCCUUUAUAUAUUGUUUAAACUGAACAAUGUAGAGAUUAUAAAAUAGACGCUGGGAUUCUUAACUAAAGAUGACUGCGAAAGCGAAUAUCAUGCCUAUCAUCAACAAGAUAUACUGCUCUUCUUCUCAGGUGGUGCUCGUCGUGAGGGAGAGGCCUCAUGCCGUUAACGGCGGAGGAUUUGUGGUAACAAAUUGCAGCCAAAAGGUUGUGUUCAAAAUUGAAGGCUGUGGAGUUCUUGGUACUAAAGGAGAACUCCUUGUAAGAGAUGGUGAUGGAGAUCCUCUGGUUCUCAUCCGCCGAAAGGGAGGUCUGGCUCAGGCCUUAAGCACUCAUAGGAAAUGGAAGGGUUACGCUUAUAAUUAUGAAGGAUUUCACAAAUCAGUUUUCAGCUUAAAGGAACCCAACUCAUCAUGCCUGGUGAGGAGCAAUGCCACAAGGAUCUCCACUGAAACCUGCAGCUCAAGCAACAAAGCCUGGGACUUUAAGAUCAAAGGCUAUUUCCCAGACAGAGAUUGCAGCAUUGUUGAUUCCAAAGGGAACAUUAUUGCUCAGAUUGGAAUGAAGAAAGAGAUAGAGGAAUUGACGGCAAACAAGGAUCUGUAUCACAUAGAGGUGAAGCCAGGAAUCGAUCAAGCUUUUGUUGUUGGCAUAGUUGCCACUCUAGAUUACAUAUAUGGCGAAUCUACUAGGUGCCAAUCAAUUCCGAAUAUAAUGAAUAAGGAGAUCAAUUAAUCAGAUUAUGGUUUCUCCCACACUGUUAAUUAUAUGAGAGAUUCUCCUAUCUGUUGAUGCUACUAAUUGUUAAUUGUGCAUGCUUAAUUUCUUUUCCUUUGUUUAAUGACUAUAUAACCUUCUUGAUUUAACAAUGUACAUGACUCUUGAAAAAGCUGUUUAUAAUUAUUGCUUAAUGAGUACUUAAGUUUGAUUA